AAGUCUCAGCAAGACUAAGACAGAUCACUAUGCCUGAACCCGCGAAGGCAGCACCCAAGAAGGGAUCCAAGAAAGCCGUUAUCAAGACGGCAGGAAAGGGAGGAAAGAAGCGCAGAAAGACCAGGAAGGAGAGCUAUGCCAUCUACGUGUACAAGGUCCUGAAGCAGGUCCACCCCGACACCGGUAUCUCCUCCAAAGCGAUGGGCAUCAUGAACUCGUUCGUAAACGACAUCUUCGAGCGCAUCGGAGGAGAGGCUUCCCGCUUGGCUCACUACAACAAGAGGUCCACCAUCACCUCCAGGGAGAUCCAGACCGCAGUGCGUCUGCUUCUGCCCGGUGAGCUGGCCAAGCACGCCGUGUCCGAGGGAACCAAGGCCGUCACCAAGUACACCAGCUCCAAGUAAAGUCGAAUCUCUUAAAUCCCGAACUAAAGGCUCUUUUAAGGGCCAC